CCCACCUCUAGUCGCGUCUGACGAUUGCUGAACGCGACAUCUAACUUAUUCUGCGGGGGGUAGACUUCGUCUGGGAGGUCGGAAGCAGGUCAGAGGCAUAGAUGUGUGCUUUUGACUUGGUCGUUUUGGGUUCGGGAGGGGGCCCAGACGAGACUAACUUAUCCGGGUAUCUACUUAAACCACGUGAAGCGUCCUGGGAAGCUGGGAUUAUCGCGUUGGAAGCAGGUUCCGGCAUGGGUGCCUUGGCCCGGAUUAUGAGGAAGCAUCCAGAAAUCUUCAGCUAUCAAUCUCCGGACCAGCACGUUACACAAGAGGAGGAUGACAGGCGGCAUUAUUCCGCUCGCGAUAUUUAUUCCAUGAUCAAAUGUUUUUUGAUCACCCACGCUCACCUUGACCACAUUUCAAGUUUAGUCAUGUCAGCAGGUUCCGUGGGAGGUUGUCGAAAGCGAGUAUACGGGUCUUUGCAGACGCUCAGAGAUAUUGAAGUGGUCUUCAACGGACGCGUCUGGCCUAAUCUUGCGUCGUGGGACGAACAAGAGGAGUCCUCUAGGCUUCUAUAUCAAAGUCUACAACCUGACAAGAAGUAUAUGCCAAUCUCGAAGGACAUCUCUGUAAUGAUGAUGCCCGUGAGUCAUGGCAUGGAUGAGCAAGGCGGGGUCAUCUAUGAGUCGGUCGCAUUUUUCAUCCGGCACGACAGCAAAGACCGAGAGUUUCUUUUCUUCGGCGACGUGGAACCUGACAGCCUGUCCCGGAACAGUCGCAAUGUAGAAGUUUGGCAAAGGGCAGCAAAGAAAGUUGGGCACUCGCUGAACGCAAUCUUUAUAGAGUGUUCCUGGCCAUCUACUAGACCCGACGAGACUUUAUAUGGGCACCUCAACCCACAACAUCUCUUGGCUGAGCUCACUGUGCUUGCUACCGAGGUGGUCAAAGUUCGCCCGAGACCGCGAGAGCACUGUCCACCGGCGCGGAAGCGGCAAAGGGUAGUUUCAAACACGUCAAAAGCCCCAGGUGUCUUGCAACAUGCUCUCGACGGAGUACGGAUCUACAUCACCCACUGUAAGGCCGAUUUCGACCUCGCUCGACCCGUACACCUCGAGAUCGCUGAUCAGGUGAGGACGUUGGUGGAACGGGACAAGUUGGGUGCAGAAAUCAUUGCGGUUGAACAGGGAAUGGUUAUCGCAAUCUGAGCGUCUUUCCCGCCCUCUGAAUCCUCUCGUGCAUGCAUAUUAUCUCUCGCAGUCUCGCAGAUCUGUAUAGCCCAAGUGUAGCACUAGCCCUUCCUCCUUUCUGACGGAUUUGUUGGUUUCAUUUGUAGUCUAAGUACGACGUGUCCAUAGCGAGAUGUAUCGAUCAUCUACAGUAUCUCAUCCUGAUUUGCGCAGGUUUGAUUAUGCGCUCG